AUGUCGAAUGGUACCAAUGGGAUUAACCAUACCCCGGAGGUUGAAGUCCUCAGCAUGGCGGUAAACUAUCCCAAAGGCAGGGUCUAUCCAGGGCAAUUCGAGGAGUUUAGGAAGCGCCAUUAUGCUGAUACAGAUGUUCACGGCCUUCCCAUCUUGGAUCUUGAUGGGCCGCUCGUCAAUGGUCCUGAGACACCCUCUAUCAAUGAACUGGAUGCAGUCUUCAGAGAUAUCGGCGUUGACCUCUCGGUUGAAGCUUGCCGCAACGCGAUUAAACAAUGGGGCGGAAAUAUCGAAGACAUUACUCAUAUGUUCUCCGUGACCUGCACCCAUACAGGAAACCCUGGGUUUGAUGCGAUUGUUGCGCGAAAGCUGGGGCUCAAACUUGAUACAGACAGGGUCCUUGUGCAUGGCACGGGGUGCUCAGGUGGCCUUACCGUUUUCAGAACCGCUUUCAAUGUUCUUCAAGCAGAGACUUUUCGGAAGAGGCCAGCUCGAGCAUUGCUCCUCGCAACCGAUCUUCCUACUGCCCUGGCAAGGAGCAGCUUGGACGAUGUCACCCCGGAGGGUGGUGUCAAUAUUGGGUCAAUUCUAUUUAGCGACUGCUCGACAGCUUAUAUCAUGAGCAACGGGGUCGAGCCUCGCGACUUUGAAACACCCAUGUACCAGGUCUUGAAUUGCAAGCAUGCUCUUCUGCCAGGAACCGACAACGAAAUCCAAUUCAACAUUGAUGUGACUGGCUACAAAUCCAUCGUCACCAAAAAGGUCCCAUUUAUCUGUGGCGCUGCAAUUGGUCCGCUGUUCCAAGAAUUCAUUAAACGGACACCUGCUGCUUCAAAUGACGGCGAGCCGAAUCCUCGUCACUUUGAUUGGGCAUUGCACCCAGGCGGGAUCUCCAUUGUCGAUGCUGUACGGCAAAGCCUUGAGCUUGAUGAGGACCACCUUCGUGCUAGCUACGAUAUCUAUACAAACAACGGAAAUAGUUCUAGCACAACCGUAUUGAACGUUAUGGACCGCCUACCGCAGAUGGGAAACGGCCGAAAGGAUGUGAUUGCUUGUGCAAUGGGCCCAGGCAUCAAUGUCGAGAUGAGUUACUUGCGCAGGGUCUGA